AUGUUACUGAGCGGAGCUGCUCCGGCGGGCUCCGGCCCGGGGCAGCGGGCACAGGGGAGCUCGGGGAGCGGCCCGGGGGGAUCGCGCCGAGGCGCGGGGGGAGCGGGAGCUGGCCCAGGAGGGGGCGGCAGUGGCGGAGUGGCCAAGUGGCUCCGGGAGCACCUGGGCUUCCGCGGGGGGGGCGGCGGCGGAGGUGGAGGCAAGCCGGCGCCCCCGGAGCCGGACUACCGUCCCCCCGGACCGUCCCCGGCCGCGCCCCCUGCGCCACCCCCGGACAUCCUAGCCGCCUACCGGCUGCAGAGGGAGCGCGACUUCGAAGACCCGUACUCUGGGGGGCCGUCCAGCUCCGCUGCUGCCCCAGCCACCCCCGCCGUCCCCGGCCCCACGCCGCCCCCGCGCCACGGAUCGCCUCCCCACCGCCUUAUUCGGGUUGAGACCCCUGGCCCCCCAGCGCCCCCUCCCGAGGAGCGGAUCUCUGGACCCCCCGCCAGCAGCGACAGGUUGGCAAUCCUAGAAGACUAUGCGGACCCGUUUGAUGUUCAGGAGACUGGUGAAGGCCCAGCAGGAGCUUCAGGAGCUCCAGAGAAGGUCCCUGAAAAUGACGGCUACAUGGAGCCCUAUGAGGCCCAAAAGAUGAUGGCUGAGAUCCGGAGCUCCAAGGAGACAGCAGCUCAGCCCCUGCCUCUGUAUGACACGCCCUAUGAGCCAGAGGAGGAGGGGACCACCCCAGAGGGUGAGGGGGCCCCCUGGCCGCGGGAGUCCCGUCUGCCAGAGGAUGAUGAGAGGCCCCCUGAGGAGUAUGACCAGCCCUGGGAAUGGAAGAAGGAGAGGAUUUCCAAAGCCUUUGCAGUUGACAUUAAGGUCAUCAAAGACCUACCUUGGCCUCCGCCGGUGGGACAGCUGGACAGCAGCCCCUCCCUGCCUGACGGGGACAGGGACAUCUCCGGUCCAGCCUCACCCCUCCCUGAGCCCAGCCUGGAAGACGGCAGCGCCCAGUUUGAAGGACCUGAGAAGAGCUGCCUGUCACCUGGCCGGGAGGAGAAGGGGCGGCUACCUCCCCGACUCUCUGCAGGGAACCCCAAGUCAGCCAAGCCCCUAAACGUGGAGCCCAGCAGCCCCUUGGGGGAGUGGACAGACCCAGCACUGCCUCUGGAAAACCAGGUCUGGUACCACGGGGCCAUCAGUCGAACAGAUGCCGAGAACCUGCUCCGCCUGUGCAAAGAGGCCAGCUACCUGGUGCGCAACAGUGAGACCAGCAAGAAUGAUUUCUCCCUGUCCCUCAAGAGCAGUCAGGGCUUCAUGCACAUGAAGCUGUCCAGGACCAAGGAACACAAGUACGUGCUGGGCCAGAACAGCCCGCCCUUCAGCAGCGUCCCUGAAAUCGUGCACCACUAUGCCAGCCGCAAGCUGCCCAUUAAGGGGGCCGAGCACAUGUCCCUGCUCUACCCUGUGGCCAUUCGGACUCUAUAGAUGUGAGGGCCGGGCACUGUGACAAAUCUGGACCCAUCCCCUUCCCUCUCCCUGAGAUCGAGUGAACUGGAGAUUCCUUAAUUUAUUCUAAAGGGGAAGGCCUACUGGGGCCUUGGGAGUAAAAUGGUUGUCUGGAGCCGAGGACAGAGGAAUCCCUGGGGAGAAAGGAUAGCCCCUGGAGGAAGGGGGCUUCAGAGCCGCUGGUUUCCUGAGGAGUUUAAUAUCAGCAGCUCCCCACCAUUUGCGCCCCUAGGCAGAUGUGGCGACCCCCCCUUACCCACCGCCUCCUUCCCCCUGGGUCAAUGCGGGGUGGGGCAGGACGCGGUCCUGCGGGGCUCCCUGGCCAUGUCUCUGCCUCCGCCCCUAAACCACCGGCUGGCUCCGUCAGAGUCUGGGGCUUGGGGCUUGGGGAAGGCAGACCCCUUGGGUGGCGAUGGCCUUGAAGAUAGGGAAACGAGGGGAAGGGCUCGGGUCGUAGGGAACUUGCGCAGUCCCCGAGCCGCCCCGGCUCCCGGCCAGAUGCAAUAAAUAAACCCAGUCCUGCCAGGCA